AUGACGUCGCGAGUCAGCCUUCGGGAUGCGAUGCGGCGCUCACAGGAAGCUCCCGCUGCUCAGAACUCCGCUAUGGCGCGGACUUUACGUCUAGCACGUCAAUCCGGUAGCUUGAAUCUGUCGUCCCGUGACUUUCACGUGUUCCCCAACGAAGUUUUCCGCCUUUACGACGAGCUGGACGAGGAUGAGCACAGUUGGGAGUGUGCAGUACUUAAGAAGCUAGACCUGAGCUACAACGAGAUCGCAGAGCUUCCGAACGAAGUAGAGACGCUCAAGUACCUUGUGAGCCUCAAGAUGCGCCACAAUCAUCUACGUCAGCUGCCUUUGACCCUAUGGAGCUUAGAGACACUCACAAGUCUCGACCUCAGCAACAAUGAAUUGGAAGGCUGUUUACCGGAACAAUUAGGCAAACUAGACAAAUUGCGGGAAUUGGGGCUGGAAGGCAACAAAUUGACGCAACUACCGGAGUCUAUUGGUGGUCUAGUUCAUUUGGAGGUGCUCCGGGUCGAGAGCAAUCAACUAAAAGCGCUCCCGUCGACAAUCGGGAAAUUAAGAAACUUGAAGACGUUGACGGCGCACUCGAAUCAAAUUGCAGCGCUCCCAGCAUCAUUUAACUCACUUACAGGGCUGCUGACGUUAGAUUUGAAGAAGAAUUGCUUGGCUACUACUGGUGACGCUUUUCUCGAGCUGACAGCCGUCAAGUACAUUGAUCUGCGUCAGAACAAGCUGGAAAUAUUUCCAACGCUGCCCGAGAAUAACUCGUGCUUAGAUCAGCUCUUCCUGGGGUUCAAUUUGCUGCGUGAUGUACCCCAAGAAGUUGUGCUGAGUGUUAAAGAGUCCCUGACGGUGCUGGAUGUUCGAGACAACAAGCUGCAGCGAUUGUCGGAUGGAAUUCCACAGCUGUACCGCUUGAAGACGCUCGAUGUUACAAACAACGACCUGUUUGAUUUACCCCCGGGCUUUGGAUAUCUCAAGUAUCUGACUCACUUGUUGGUUGAGGGAAACCCUCUACGAUCCAUCCGCCGAUCUAUUAUCUCGGCUGGAACGGAGCCACUGAAGAAAUAUCUGCGUACUCGCGGUAAACCACCAGUCGGAGUCGAUGCCAUGGAGGAAGAAGUGGACGAGUUCGCCAUCCGACAGGAGGUGAUAGAGCAGGACGAACCUAUGGCCGAAGAACCACCGCUAGAAGACGAGUAUUUGUUCCGGAACGCGGCUGCGUCAGGCAAUUUGCAGCUUGUUGAUAUGAAACUCCAGAAUUUACCAUACCAGCUCCACGCAGCAGGGAAACAUCGCUUUGGAGAAUCUUUACUUCAGCUCAAUUUGUCGAAGAACUGGCUGGUCGAGCUACCUGCUACGGCUGGCCAGCUCACGUCGUUGCAGACGCUCACGGCAGAGCAGUGCGGCUUAAAGUCCGUCCACGCUUCGAUCGCGAUGUUACCACGUCUGGAACAUUUGCGGCUGAGUAAAAACUCGCUUACGACAGAUGCUGUCACAGCGAUGCUAGCGUCGGGUACUCGUGCUGGUAUCUCGUCGUCUCUGAAAGAACUGGAUCUACGCAACAAUGUGCUGACGGAUAUUCCCCAGAACUUGCAGAACUUGCAAGCGAUGGACACGCUUUUACUCUCAUUUAACCGUAUCAAGGGUUUGAAUGGAUUUCCAUGGUCCUCCAUGAGCCAGCUCUCGGUGCUCAGCAUUGCACACAAUCGCUUGGAGUCAUGCGGAACCGUCUACCAAGCGCCAAAGUUGACGUCGCUGUCUUUAGAGAACAACGAGCUGCGUCAGAUUCCAGCAGAAUUUGCACUGUGUGAGAACCUCCGAGCGCUCUAUCUGGGUGGAAAUCCGCAGCGUGGCAUUCGAGCUCACAUCCUCAACAGUGGCACCGAGGCAGUGCUAAAGUAUCUUCGCAAUAGACUCCCUCCCGAUGUCUUACCACCCACCAUUGGCAAGGGAUCACAGGCAGCCAAACAUACAGCCACGUCGACUAGUGCGCUGUCACACCAGAACAACGAAGACCCCGUGCCCCAACGCGGUACUCCAGACUCGAAGCGUCUUCGUGUAAAUGCCUCGACCUCCCCCUUCAAGCCGCUAGAAGUGCCUCCUACCAAGCAGGUCUCCGAGCCAUCAGCGCCGCCCUUUGACACGCAGCCGCCCCCUACACCAACUCCAGUUACAACGCCAGCCCCACCAGCAGCCGAAGAUGAAGUACUGGCCGAGUUGAACUCUAAGGUCCUCAAACUCGAGCAGCAAUUGGAUGACUUUGCUAUCUCCGCAGCGAAGCGCUUUGCGUUAAAAAAAGACUUGGCCAUGACGCGAUCGCAGAAGAUUCGUCACCUGCGCAAGAUCGGACAAAAACCAUAG